AUGGUACCAGCGACAGGAAUGAACAUCGCCUCUCUCAAAACUGCGGACGCCGCCAACGACGCUGCCUCCUCCCACAGUCAGCGAGAGAGGAUCGUCCCUACAUUCAAUGAACGCUUCCUCUUCGAUGACGAACUGGAAGCUACAGAUGAUUCGGCCUUCAUGAACAGGUACAACCUUUCAGCAGAAGAUGACAUGUUUCCCAUGCUUUUCAAGCCACAAGGCCCACCGCCUCUGUCCGCAACGACCCAUUCUGCAGCCCCUCUCGCUCCCUCGGCCGCUGCUGCAGCCACAGCAACUACCAGCAUCUCAUCUACUCCUGCCUCUGCGCAUGUGUCUACGCCGUUGUCUCUGCCGUCUCAGCUCUCUACGUUCUCAAGUGCGCUCGAUCUUGCUCCCCUGUCACAGCUGCCGAAGCGCUCAGCCCAGUCUUUGGGUCAUGGACCUAUGGCCUUGUCUCCAUGGCUCCACGCUGAGCGAAUCAAUUCGCAUCAGUCUAAUCCAGCCACGCAUCGACCCACUUCGUUUGCUGGCAUGUCUCCUCGUCACAUUGGCACUUCGCCAACAGCUUCUCUACUCAUGGGUUCUAAUCCAACGGCGCAUCCUGCCUCGUCGUCCUUGUCGGAUUUUUUUCGAUAA